UCCUCCCCCCGUCGUACCGUACGCGCCCUCUCUCCGCCCAAAUCGUGGCGUCAUUUCAUUUCGUGCGGCACGGUAUAAGCAGGACGAGCGAUCAUCUUAACCAAAACCUCACCUCGCCUAUGCACAGUAUAUAUACAUCUCAUCUCCCAUCUCCUCUCUCGCGGAGGCGGAGGGAAGAGAGCAGCGCCGCGCAGAGCCCAGGACAGCGAGAGAAAAUCAGAUCGAUCAGCCAAAAAAGCCAGCAGCAACGUCGCAGAGCAGCGAGCUUUUUGCCCCCUUUUGCCGUUCGGAUUCGCAUCCAUCUCCGAAUUCUCUCUGCGCCACGCCGCUCAUGGACGGGCAGGUGAGGGAUUCUUCGGCCGCGGCGGCGCCCAGCACCAGCGGCGCGUCGUCCUACGCCGACGGGGACGACAAUGCGGGCGCCGGCGGGGCCAAGGUCUGGGUCCUCGUGCUCCUCUUCGCGCUGCUGCUCCUGCCGUUCCUGCCCUCCGCGGUGCGCCGCGGCGGCCCCACGCCAUGGGCGGGAGGUGGAGGAGGGGUCGGAGGCGGCGGGGGCGGCGGCGGGUACCGACGCGGCGGGAUCAGCUUCAAGAGCGGCUGGGACGUCGUCAACCUCUGCCUCGUCCUCUUCGCCAUCCUCUGCGGCCUCCUCGGCCGCGGCGGCGCCGGGGACGGGGACUCCUCCUCAUCCGGCGCGGCCUCCUCCUCCUCCUCGUCGGCGGCCAAGGACGGCCCGCAGGUGCCUCUCGCGCUGUCCGCGGAGGACGCCACGGCGGCGGCGGCGGCGGGCUCGGGGGACGUCUGGGGGCAGGGCUACCACCACUCCUUCGACAGCGUCUACGCCAGCCUGCCCGGCGCCCCCAGCCACGCGGCGGCGCCGGGGAUCCGCCGGAUGAAGAGCAGCAGCUCCUACCCGGAGCUCCGCCUCGGCGCCGACGGCGUCUGGAGCCUCGCGUCGCCCGAGGCGGCCUGGCGCUCCUACGACGACGAGCAGCUCUACCGGAGCCGCCGCCCGGAGCGCCAGGAGCGGACCUGGGACGUGAGGGCCGCGGAGGUCAAGACGAUCCCCGUCGACACGUUCGUCGAGCGCGGCCGGCGGUCGCCGCCGCCGCCGCCGCCUCGGGAGCCGCGGAGGCGGAGGCGGAGCGUCGAGAGGUUCCCCAAGAUGCCCGAGGUGGAGGAGGAGAGGCAGCGGCCCAGGGAGGCGCCCGUGUCGCCGGCGAGGAGCAGGAGGUGGAGCGCGGGGGCCGACGACGUCGUACCGGAGCAGGAGGUGCGGGUGGCGCCGCCGCCUCCGAGGAUCAGGAGGUGGAACUCGGAGUCGUUGGACUCGAUACUGGACCAGGAGGCGGCUACGGCGCCGGCGAGGAGCAGCAGGUGGAGCGCCGCCGCUGCGGACGUCAUACCGGAGCAGGAGGCGCGGGUGCCACCGCCGCCGCGGACGCUCAGGAGGUGGAACUCCGAGUCGCUGGACGCGAUACUGGAUCAGGAGGCGGCGGUGGCUCAGACGAGGAGCAUGAGGUGGAGCGCCGAGGCGGUGGACGUGAUACCGGAGCAGGUGGCGCCGGCGAGGAUUAGGAGGUGGAACUCCGAGUCGCUGGAUGCGAUGCUGGACCGGGAGGCGGCGGUGGCUCCGUCGAGAAGCAUGAGGUGGAGCUCGGAGACGGUGAACGUGAUACCGGAGCAGGAGGCUCCGGUGGUGAUGGCGCCUGCUGCGGCACCGCCUCCGCCUCCGCCGCCGGCGCCUCCACGACGGCGACGGCGCAGCGUCGAGAAACUGCCGAGACCAGAGGACCUCCUCGAGCAAGAGAUUGUAGUGGAAGAGGUCAGGAACCCGAUGCCGCCGGCCAUGUUCCCGCCUGGAACGCCGCCCCCGCCGCCCCCUCCCCCGCCUCCGUCGACGGUGUCGCGCAGCAAGAAGAAGCGCGGCGGCAGCGUGGGCGGCGCCAAGGAGCUGGCGUCCGCCAUUGCUCUCUUCUACCAGAAGAAGCGCAAGAGCAUUACCAUGAAGGCCAAGAGGCGGCCCCAUCACCACCACCACCAUUCCGACGGCCACUGCUCGCCGCCGUCGUCCGACGCGUCGGCGAGCCCCGACUCCAGUGUCCGCACCACCACCAACGCCCCGCCGCCCCCGCCGCCGCCGCCGCCUCCCCCGCCCCCGCCGUCCUCCAUCUUCUCCAACCUCUUCAAGAACAAGAAGGGCGGCAGCAAGAGCCGCCGCAUCCACUUCGCCGCGCCGCCGCAGCCGCCACCCCCGCCACCACCCACUCGCCGAUCGACGAAGCCGCCUCCGCCUCCGUCUCGCCCCGCACCUCCAGCACCGCCGCCGACGCGCCCGCCGCGCGCGCACAUGCACGCGCAGCAGCCGCCAUUGUACCCCAGGCGCGUCUACUACACCUACUACCCGCUGCCGCCACCGUCGCCGCCGCUGCCUCCACCUCCUCCGCCACCACCACCGCUGGUGCCCGAGGGCGACGGCGACACCCCUUCGGUGCCGGCCUCGCCGGCGCCCUCGUACUGCGCGAGCCCCGACGUGAACACCAAGGCGGACAGGUUCAUCGAGAGCUUCCGCGAGGGGCUGAAGCUGGAGAAGCUCAACUCGUACCGGGAGAAGUGGCAGCGGCACAUCCAAGAGGACGCCACCGUCGAGAUUGAGGAGGACGGGGAGUUCAUGGUGAUCGGGUCGCUCUUCGGCAGCGACGACGAGGACGAUGACGGCAUCUCGUUGCCGGAGACGCCGGCGACCGCUGCUGUCGCCGCCGGCUUCUAAUGACACUGACAUUUUGAAGGAAAAAAACAAAGAAAAAAGAGUUGGAAAAAAUGGUCCUCCAAAAAUGGAAAAAAAGAUACCACAAAAGAUUAUUCUGCCUGCUAAUACCGGUUUAUCUGCAGUACAGUACUGUUUGUGAAUUUUUCGCUUGAUUUUUGGGUAGUUAGGGGAUUGACAGUGAGGUUUGUGUGUGUGUGUGGAAGAGGGAGCCCUUUUUGUGCUUAUUUUAAAAUGGCCAAAAAGCUCUCUUUGGGUGCUGCAUUAGGUGAGCCGUUUUGAUAAAUUUCAUGUCUAUUGCACUUUGGAAGCUUUUGGAGAUUGUAAAAAUACAUCAUGAGAAAGUAACGCAUCUUUAGUUCUUUA